AUUUUUGACACCGCCGUUAACAUGCGCUCCAACAUCCAGCAGGCACGCUGAACGGCACGACAACAUGUCUCUGCACGAGAGACUCGACAAGAUCCGCUCGGCGCCGAAGCAGCAGAACCAGCAGCAGACGGCCAUCGUGCUCAACGCAAUCGAAGAAACGCUGCAGACCCAAGCCACCGACCGAACGCCCACCGCCUACUUCGCCGCCCUCUUGAGCUUGUUGGCCUCUCAGGUCUCCAGUGAACAGGGAAUCGUGCAAAAAGAGGUCGCAUACGCCAUCGUGUACCUCCUCGACCUCGUCACCAGCCAUGUCCCCCAUCCUCUCCUGCGAUCCAAGUUCCCCCAGAUCCUCGCCAGUCUUGCGCCAGUCCUGACCCACCCCGAAGCGGAAGCACCUCUGUUAAGAGCGAGUAUAGGAUGCUUGGAGUCGCUGGUCGCUGCGCAAGACUCGCAAGCAUGGGCCCUUCCUCAGUCGCAAACCAGCCCACGGGGCGCCGUUGGUGGCUUGCUGCUGCUCGCGGUGGACCCGCGGCCGAAAGUUCGAAAGCGAGCACAAGAUGCUAUCGCACACAUCCUAAGGACUCCGCCGCCCAGUCCUUCGCUAGAUCACCCUGCUGCGGAUAUGUGUGCCGAGAGCGCGCUUCAGGGCUUACAGAAGGCCGCGCAAGAAGCGGACGCGAAGAGGAAGAAGCAAAAGCACAAGGGCCAGCAGGAGCAUGAUCCCGAUCUACUGCAUGCUCUCCAGCUCGUCAAGACUGUUGCAAGCGUUCAGAAUGGCUGGCCAAGCAAGAAGAUCGAUGCGCUGUGUGAGGUGUUGCUUAGCAUCUCGAAAAGCACCAAUGAGUUUCUCACCGUAGCUGCCUUUGAGGUCUUUGAACUCAUCUUCUCUGGCCUGGCAGACGAGGUCUCCUCCGGGAAGCUGGCGAGGCUGCUUGACGCCAUCACUGAACUACAGCCAUCGCGAAGCGACUCUCAGUUGCUCCCGCCGUGGGUAGCUGUCUUGAGCAGAGGAUACGAUGUCUCUGCGCAGAUCGAGCCAGAGCAAACCUUUCAGAAACUGCCGACACUCAUCAGAGACAUCUCGAGCCUGCUGUCGUCUUCCUCCCACAAUAUCCGCAUAUCAGCAUCCGAGUGUCUGAUAUCACUGCUCAAUACCUGCAUACCUGAUGCCGUGAUUCUUGAGCCAUCGAUCAUGGACGACAAACUGCUCGAGGACAUCGCACAAACGCUGCAAGACUUGCUCACAGUCAAGUACCAGAGCGCUUGGAUGGAAGUCUUCAAUGUCUUGAGCGCAGCGUUUUCAGUGCUCAAGUGGCGCUCAUAUCCUCUUUUGAGCGGGAUUGUGAAAAGCAUCGGCGACCUUCGCAGUAACGACUCCUUUGCUGGGAAGAAACAAGCAGAUGGUGUUCUGGGCGCCGCUUUGCUUGCAGCGGGCCCCGACAAUGUGCUCUCCAUCCUGCCUCUCAAUCUGGCCAAGCGACGUGACACUGGCCGCGCUUGGCUCCUGCCAUUGAUGCGAGACUCCGUGAGUAAUACACGAUUGGCUCAUUUCAAAUUCGAACUCGUGCCUCUGAGCGAGCUCAUGUUCCAGCGAGUCCUCAAUCACGGCGAUGCGGAGAGGACGAUAGAUAUCAAGAUCUACGAGACCAUUGUCGCCCAGAUCUGGGCCUGUCUGCCGGGGUACUGUCAACUGCCAAUCGACCUGCAGGAUGCCUUCGACCAGGGCUUUGCUGAGCUGCUGAGCAAUCUACUAUAUCAACAGCCCCACCUGCGAACGGACAUUUGUAAAGCAUUGCAAUACCUCGUCGACACGAACCAAGCCAUUGUCGGACUUGAGCAGGACGAGAACCUGGUACAGCAGGGACGGGUCAGCAAAGCUGAGGCACAGAAGAACUUGCAGCAUCUGGCGGGAUUUGCUGCCAACAUUCUGGCUGUGCUCUUCAACGUGUACAGUCAAACCUUGCCGCAUAAUCGAGGCAAUCUGUUGCAGUGCAUCAACGCCUACCUCAGUAUAACUCCCGAGCAAGAACUCAUGGAGACGUUUCAACGGGUCGCGACCAUGCUGGAGAGCUCAUUAGCUGAACCCCCAGCUGCCGAAACCCCGAAGCAGCAACCGUCGAGCGAGCAAUCGAAGAUGAAGAUGCCUCCCACAUCGCAUACGCUCAUGGAUCUCAUCAUUACAAUGUCGAUCUACCUGCCGCGAGAAAGCUUUGGCGCACUCUUCAACAUGGCAGCCAACAUCGUCAGGAAGCAGGAUGAUGCGCAGCUGCAGAAGAAGGCUUACAAGCUGAUCCCGCGCCUUUCAGACUCUGAAAUCGGACGACAAGCACUGGAAGAUCGGAAUGUCGAACUUCAGGCGCUACUUCUCGCCUCGGGUGAGAUGGCUGCGGCACCGGCCAAACGGGAUCGGUUGGACUCAAUCGCGCGCGUUGUGCCCUUCCUGCCAACUUCCGACUUGCACUUCAUCCCGGCAAUUCUAUCGGAGGUCGUUAUAAGCGCAAAGGAAGUCAAUGAAAAAGCACGCACCGCAGCCUAUGAUCUUCUCGUACUCAUGGGCGAGAAGAUGAGCGAGGGCGGUGCCGUUGUCAAUGCCAAAGUUCCGCACAUGCCAUCUGAUGCGCCCUCUGCGGAAGCCAGCCUUGAAGAGUACUUCACCAUGGUAUCCGCUGGACUUGCAGGCUCCACUCCACAUAUGAUUUCUGCCUCCAUCACCGCGCUGACGAGAUUACUUUACGAGUUCCGAUCAAGGCUGAAGGAUGAGACCGUCACGGAUCUCGUGCAGACAAUGGAUCUGUUCCUGACGUCGAACAACCGCGAGAUCGUCCAGUCUGUGCUGGGAUUCGUCAAAGUCUCUGUGAUUUCCCUCCCGACAGACUUGAUGCUCCCUCGGCUGGAAAGCCUCAUCACCAACCUGAUUGUCUGGAGCCACGAGCACAAGGCGCAUUUCAAGGCAAAGGUGAAGCACAUUUUCGAACGCAUGAUUCGGCGGUUUGGAGCGGACGUGGUGGAGAAAUUGACUCCUCUCGAAGAUCGAAAAUUGGUCUCGAACAUCCGCAAAACCAAAGAGCGCAAGAAGAGAAAGAGGGACGCCGCCGGCGACGACGAGCAAGAGGCGGCGCCGGAGAGACGACAAGGCAAGUUCGAGAGCGAGUACGACGAGGCCGUCUACGGUUCUGAAUCCGACGGAUCAGGCGAAUCGGAUAUUUCAGAUGAUGAAGUCCUUGCCCGAUCCGCCGCAAAAGUCCGGAAAGCGAAGCAGACUGGUCAACAAUACAUUGUGGAGAACGAAGACGAGCCUCUUGAUCUUCUUGACAAGAGAGCACUGGCCCACGUGUCGUCAACGAAACCGUUGAGGAACCAGGGUUCGAUGCAGAGAGAGAAGAAGAAAGCGAAAAUGGAUCUCGACGGCAAGUUGGUGUUCAACGAAAAUUCCGACAGCGAUGACGAUGACAUUGUGGCCGCGGGACAGGAACCUGGUGAUGGUACUCUGGAAGGAGGAAUCAAUGCGUACGUCAACGCCAUCAAGGGCAGGGAUAGCGCAAAGAGGGGUCAGAAAGGGAAACUCAAGUUCCACAAUCGUCGUGGCGAUCAGGAUGAGAUGGACCUGGACGAGGAGGAUGUCGCUACUGUCAAGUCGAAGAUGAAUGGUGCGGGCAGAGGUCGAGGGCAAGGACGGGGGCAAGGCAGGGGUCGAGGCCGCGGCGGGUCCCAACACCCAGCUAGACGAGGGCUGGGAGUGGAAAAGUCGAGACAGCCCAGAGGGGAUGGAGGAAUUCGGAAGGCAAGAGGAGGCGCAUUCCGCCAUGGCUUACAGAAACGUAGGGGAGGGAAGAGGUAGAGAGUGUGGAGAUAGAGAGAUGGAGUGGCUGCAAGCUGCGAAACAGACAGGUAAUGGAGAGAGUCGUGAGAGAGGGCAGUCACCCAACAUCGUCGAACCCCUUCAGAUACCAUUCCUCCCUGCUCUCGCCGUCUUCGUCCCCGCUCUCCUCGUUCUGCUCGCAUUCGUCUUCGUUUUUCACUGCUUGGGGGACAUGCUCUUUCGGCUUCGGCUGUG